AUGGGUGGCACGGAUUUGAACUUGAAGAAAUCAUGGCAUCCCAAGAUUCUCGCCAACCAGCGGCGCGUGCACGAUGCCGAAGUCUCAGCCUUGGAGGAGCGGAAAAAGACCGAGGCGCGGCUACAAGAGAUCAAGGCAGAGCGUGCGCAAGAGGAGAUCCAGAGGCAGCUUGAAGCCGCCGGCGGAAAGAAGCGCAUCGAUCGUGUCGACUGGAUGUACCAGGGGCCGACCGAUGGCCAGGUUGGCGAUGCGUACGGGAACGAGGCGUACCUGUUAGGCAAGCGUAGGAUCGACAAUAUCAUUCGUGGUGACGAGACGAAGAAUUUACAGAAGCAACCUGGACCGGACGGUUUGGCGCCUGUUCAGAAUGUGCUAUCGACACGAGACACGGCUACAAAGAUUAGGGAAGAUCCGCUGCUCGCCAUCAAGAAGCAGGAGCAGAGUGCAUACGAAGCGCUUCUUAACGACCCUAUUAAGAGACGACAACUGUUGGCCAACGGCUCACGGAAUGGCUCGGAUAGUAAGAAUGACGAGGAAGAACGAGCACGAAAGCUUGCGGCUAUGCAGGAUGCAGCUUCCAAUCUCGAUGAAGCCCGUGAGAGCCGUCUAGCUGCUCUGGCAGCUAAGGAGAGAGCUGAGCGUGAUGCAGAUGAUCGUGCUCGGGAGAAGGCUUCCAAAUAUGGCGACGAUCGGGCUUUUGCGAAGAAUUUGCACCGCUCAGUAGGAGAGAAAAGCCUUGCGGAUCGAGUGGGCAGAGGUCGUCAAAACUUGCAAAGAGAUGAUGAUUGA